AAUGCUGAGAGAAUGUUUCUUUAAGACCCAUUACCUUCCAAUCCGACAGAGGGGGAGUCUGUGGUAAGGUGGCGUAUCGUCUCUCUUCGCGUCCCCCUUCCUCGCCGUUUACAUGUGGAGGAAAAAAAGAGAGAGAGAGAGACAAAAAGACAGAACGCGCACCGCGGUGAGCUUUUUACUUUACGCUUUUUUUUGUUUUGUUUUUUGGGGGGGUGGUGGCACGCACGCCGAGGCAAAGGAUCCGCGGAGAUGAUGGACCUAAGGGAUAUUUAACAUCAAACAUGGACACUACAGGCUCCCCCCCGAUGACUGUGCUCUGGCCCCUGGUGCUGUGAGGAGCUCUGCCUCGUGGACACAAUUUAGGAGCAUCGGCCCUCCUUUAUCCCUUCCUUCCCCCCCGUAUAUCCUUCCCUUCCUCACCCUCCGCCAAUCCUAGCAACCCACAGAACGGCUUCCCCUCUUCCUCUUGCAUAACAGGGGAACACAUAAGCAUUCUGAUCAUUUACCAUGCAGGUCGGGACUUUGUGAAGGAAGACAACCGAGCAAAGACGAACAGAAGUGAGCGGAGAGAGGAAAAAAAAUAUAAAGGCAAUAACACAGGAAGAUGUAGAUGUAGACACGACCAAAGGAAUGAUAUUUUUGGAAAGAUGUAAAGAUUUAUAUUUUGUACAUCCAACUUUUAGUAUGAGCUCAUAAAACACCCCAAGGCACGACCACAAGACAUUUUGCACGUACAAUCCUCUUAUUUUAGUUAUUAACCUGACACACACGCUACGGUCUCAUGAUGAUGUGCGAGGUGAUGCCCACCAUAUCUGAGGAUGGGCGAAGCGGGACUGGUGGAGGCCCCUCCUCGCCUGCCGGUACCGGGGUUGGAGGCCCCGGGGGUGCGAUGGGCGGAGGGGGGUUCAGCGGCCGGGAGCCCCGAGGAGGAGGAGACGAAGGAGGCAGCACGGGGAACCUGGAGUCCCUGAUGGUCAACAUGCUGACGGAGAGGGAGAGGCUGCUGGAGAACCUGAGGGAGACGCAGGAGAGCCUGGGAACCGCUCAGCUCCGCCUCCGCGAGCUCGGCCACGAGAAGGAGUCACUCCAAAGGCAGCUGUCCAUCGCUCUCCCACAGGAGUUUGCUGUGUUGACUAAAGAGCUGAACGUUUGCCGGGAGCAGCUUCUCGAGAGGGAGGAGGAGAUUGCUGAGCUCAAGGCGGAGAGAAACAACACACGUUUGUUGCUGGAACACCUGGAGUGUCUUGUGUCUCGCCAUGAGCGCAGUUUGAGGAUGACGGUAGUGAAGAGACAAGCCCAGUCCCCAGCAGGGGUCUCCAGUGAGGUGGAAGUCCUCAAGGCUCUCAAAUCCCUGUUUGAGCACCACAAGGCCCUGGAUGAGAAGGUUCGAGAGAGGCUCCGUGUGGCCCUCGAGAGGGUGUCCAUGUUAGAGGAUCAACUUGCCGCAUCUUCUCAAGAGGUAAUCUCUUUAAGAGACCAAAUUAAAAGACGUCAACAAGGGGUGGACGGCGGGAAAGAUCGACUACCCAACGGUCCCUCCUCUGGCCUGGAGGAUGGGGAGCUUGAAAGACAAAGAGAAGGAGAAAUAGAGCGACAGAGAGCCGAACUCUCCCAGCUGAGGGAGAGGUUGGCCCUCAUGUGCCGGCAGGUUGGGGAAAUAGAGGAACAGCUUGCGGCCGCCAGGAGGGAGGUGACGAAGUCGGAGGAGGCCAAUCAGAAGCUCCAAAGAGAAGUGAAAGAGGCUCUUUGCCAAAGAGAGGACAUGGAGGAAAGAAUUACAACACUAGAGCGGAGGUACCUCAGUGCCCAGAGGGAGGCGACUUCUCUCCACGAUAUCAAAGACAAGCUGGAAAAUGAACUGGCAAGCAAAGAGUCCCUGCACAGACAGAGUGAAGAGAAGAACAGACAACUACAGGAGCGUCUUGAUGAGGCCAAGCAGAAGCUCCAGCAGACUCUGCAGAGGGCCGAGACGCUGCCUGAGAUCGAGGCCCAGCUCGCCCAAAGAGUGGCUGCUCUCAACAAGGCAGAGGAGCGUCAUGGAAACUUUGAGGAGCGACUACGGCAAAUGGAAGCCCAACUUGAGGAGAAGAACCAAGAGCUGCAGAGGGCGAGGCAGAGGGAGAAGAUGAAUGAUGAACACAACAAACGUCUCUCAGACACAGUGGACAAGCUUCUGUCUGAGUCCAAUGAGAGGCUUCAGCUGCACCUCAAAGAGAGGAUGGCAGCACUGGAGGAGAAAAAUGCUCUUUCUGAGGAACUCUCCAAUAUGAAGAAAAUCCAGGACGAUCUUCUAGCUAACAAGGAGCAGCUCCUUGCUGAGCUGGAGCGAAUCCAACUGGAGCUGGAUCAGCUGAGAGGCAGACCAGGCUCUUCAUAUUCCAGGGCGGGCAGCGUGAGCUCACUUCCCUCCACCCUUUUUCGAAGAUCUCUUCCAGGGAGUGCCUCGGAGCUGCGGUACCCUCAGGGCAGCGGCUCACUCCCAGCUGGCUACGGCAGCUCCUCUAGCGGGGUGGUGGUCAGGCGGGCACACCGCGGCCGGUGGGGGCCUCCUAGAGACGAUAGUAACAAGUAUGGAGAGUGGGACAGCAGCACUAUGCUGGGACCUGGGUAUGAAGGCGGUGUGGAAGGAGGCUGCUCUGAUGAUGAGGAGGACAGAGAGACUCUGUUUGGAUCAGAGCUGCUGUCUCCCAGUGGACAGACAGAUGUACAGACUUUGGCCAUCAUGCUACAGGAGCAACUGGAGGCCAUUAACAAGGAGAUUAAGCUGAUCCAGGAAGAAAAGGAGAGCACAGAGCUGAGGGCAGAGGAGAUUGAGAGUCGGGUCAGCAGCGUGGCCCUCGAUGCCUCCCCUCUUCCUCCCUCCUCGCUGGGAGGACGGGACAGCGUCGGCAGGGGCUACAUGACUCCCUCCAUCACCUCCUCCACGUUAGCGUCUCCUUCACCACCCAGCUCUGGACAUUCCACCCCCCGUCUGCCACAUUCACCUGCCAGGGAGACUGACAGACAGAAUAGCAAAGACGGUGAAGAAUGCCGAGCACUCGCCCUGAUCGACUCCACCCCUCCACCUGUUCCACGAGCUCUGCGACUGGACCGGAUGACCCACACUCACCCGGGGGCGGGCCUCGACGACCACCGUGAAUUUCGCAGUCUCUCUGCUGACGGUGUCACCACAGCUAGCCAGGAUUCCCUCCACAAAGCCAGCAAAAAGAAAAGCAUUAAGUCAUCCAUUGGUCGUCUCUUUGGCAAAAAAGAGAAGGGAAGGAUCGGUGCACCUGGACGCGAAUCUGCCUCGCUGGCCUCCACACCCUCUGAUGACCUGGGAUCAGCUGACCCAUUAGGUUUGGCCAAACUUGGGACUGGAACAGUGGAAAAAGAUCGGCGCAGCAAAAAGAAGCAUGACUUGUUAGAGGAAGCUUGUCGUCAGGGUCUGCCUUUCGCCUCAUGGGACGGCCCAACUGUUGUUACAUGGCUUGAGCUGUGGGUUGGGAUGCCGGCCUGGUAUGUGGCAGCGUGUCGUGCCAACGUGAAGAGCGGCGCCAUCAUGGCCAAUCUGUCGGACACGGAGAUCCAGAGGGAGAUCGGCAUCAGCAACCCUCUGCACCGGCUCAAACUCCGCCUGGCCAUCCAGGAAAUGGUCUCCCUCACCAGUCCGUCUGCACCUGCCAGCACUCGAUCUUCAACCAGUAAUAUUUGGAUGACACAUGCUGAGAUGGAGUCUCUCACUGCUGCCACCAAACCAGAGCAGAAGGAGUUCAGCUGGGAUCAGAUCUUGGCCUACGGAGACAUGAACCAUGAGUGGGUGGGAAACGAGUGGCUGCCGAGCCUCGGUCUGCCUCAGUAUCGCUCCUACUUCAUGGAGUCACUGGUGGACGCUCGUAUGCUCGACCACCUCACCAAGAAAGAACUGAGGGGCCAGCUGAAGAUGGUGGACAGUUUCCACAGAGUGAGUCUUCACUAUGGCAUCAUGUGCCUGAAGCGCUUGAACUACGACAGGAAGGAGCUGGAAAGGAGGAGGGACGAAAGUCAGCAUCAGAAUCAAGAUGUGAUGGUUUGGUCCAAUGAGCGAGUGAUGUGUUGGGUUCAAUCUAUUGGGCUGAAAGAGUUUGCUGACAACCUAUUAGAAAGUGGGGUCCAUGGGGCCCUCCUUGCACUAGAUGACACCUUUGACUACACCGACUUGGCCCUCCUUCUUCAGAUACCAAACCAGAACACACAGGCGAGGCAACUCCUCGAGAAGGAGUACAAUGCUCUCAUCUCCAUGGGAACAGAGAGGAGGCCAGAUGAGGACGGCACGAAAACAUUCACACGGUCACCAUCAUGGAGGAAGAUGUUCAGAGAGAAGGACCUCCGCGGCGUGACCUCGGACUCCUCAGAAACAUUACCUGCCAACUUCCGUGCCUCCGCCAUCUCGACCCCCUCCGUCACCCUGAGGAAGGUCCAGAGCGAAGUAAACUCUGGUCCAAGAGGAGAGUCGGGGUCCGUGAGAACAUAUUCCUGCUAAAAGAUAAGCACACCAGAAGCCCACCUCCAUCCCAACCCAAGGAAAAAAAGAGAACAUCACAUUUUUGAAGAAAAAAACCUGAGGAACAAAAAAACAAAACAUGGACACUAGAAGAUGACCAACGACGUUCGAGGCGCAUCUCGAAUAAUCAAAGACACUGAGUGAAUGAUUUGUGAAAAGAUGAUAAAAUAAUGCGUGAAUGUCUGUUUACCCAUCAGUUUCUCUCUCUUUCUCUCUCUCUCUCUCUCUCUCUCUCUUUCUCUCUCUCUCUCUCUCAUCUUGAUCCAUAGUUGUGGCAUGAUGCUGUUUGAUUCUGUAGAAAGUGGCCUGUAGAAAGUGACCAUUGCCUAUCGUGAAUUCAUCUUCCGUUUUUGAGUGUGAGAUGGCAAUAUUGACACAAUGAAUUUAUAGUUUUUAAAACUGGAAAAAAAAAAUGCAUUCCUUUUCGGAUCAAGAGAAUGACGACACACAUCCUUUCAGUUGAUCUGACUAUGAUUUAGACUGAUAAUAGAACAUACUCUGCCUAUAGGAACAUCACAAUACAGUCCGGUCUGGGAAGAGGGAGGCUCAAUGGGAGAAUGUCGGUGAUUAUACACAGAGGGGGGAGUCAAAUGUAUGUUCUUAAGCCAUAACAGAUAUGAGAUGCACAAAUGUGAAUAGGACAGACAAUGAGACAAUUAGCCAAGUGCUUUAUGACAAAAUCCUAUUCAAAAUGAGGGGGAAAAAAGAGUUUAGCUCGAGAGCAUUUGUGUUAAUAUGCAUGCCAAAAUCAACCAUUUUAGAGUGAACGUCAUGAUAUCAAUCAUCUAAUGAUGUGAAAGCUUGGGUCAGGACUUUGUAAAAUGUGUGUAUUUUAUUUUUAUCAUUUUUUAUGAUAACUGCUAUUGUAUGUACGUAUGUAUGUAUGUACAGUAUGUAUGUGUGUGUAUUAAACUGUAUGUUCAUUUCAUACUUA